GCAUAUCAUCCAAGAUGCAGCGGUUCUGGACCGCGGCAUUACUUUGCGUUGCGCUCGCAAGCGUCUCCACACUCGCACAACAACCGACCUACAAAGGGUUCGCGGAUCUGAUAUCCAAAUCGUACCACGUCGACGUCGAGGUUACGUACCCUAAUAAGAAUGAGUCCGAGUUCGUCAGGGAGUACCACUACCGAGAGGACGGGACCGGUUACUUGGAGAUUUUCUCCGAAGGAAUUACGUCAUACAUGUACUACUUCCUGGAAACCAACGAAGAAGUCACCAUUUUCGAAAACUUAUGCAACGUAGCCGAACUCUCCACGACGAAGCCCGUAAUCAUCGAUAAGAAAACUGUGUACAUCGGGUCUUCGGCCAUCUUUUUCAAUGUUCCGGCCAAUGUCAUGAAAUACGUGGAUCAAGUGACAGUGCGCGGAGUCACCACCAACCACUUUCAGGGCACCUUUAACCAGAAAAAGCAUGACAUCUACGUACGCACGGCCGACUGGACGGAAAAUGGCGCCAAGAAGGGAGAGGUUCCGGUCCGGGUUACGGUCGACGAGGACGACAACCUCAACCACACUAUCUUUGACUUCUACAACUUCGAGCCAUUCACCCCCAAGAUUGGUCAGAUGAAUCUCAAGACCGGGAUUGGUUGCGAAGGCAAGAAGAACCCGGCGUCCAAAACGCUGCCAACGAUUCCCCCACAGAUAUCUUUCCAGUACGAGAUAUACUACAGCCAGCAGGGAGUCAAGCCCGAACUGCACGUCACCGUUAACAAGAUCUGGUACGACGGCACCAACAAGCUCGCGAGGGUGGAACUCUUCCAAAACACCGGAGACACGGUGGGGGAAAUCCACGACUUCAACUCAGGCGUUAUGUACCGCUUCGACAAGGAGGGAACCUGUACGAUCGACCACAUCUCCAAGUCCUACUUCUCGAAGACCAUGGAGAAAAGGGACAUCCAGACCAUGACGACCCCUGCCGAGAUGCUCGAGCUGGUCGGAGACUUCUACUACGUUGGCCAGGCCGUGAUUCGAGGCGUGGCCUGCGACAUCUGGGAAUCUGUGAGAACGAACGUCACCAUUGGGGAUGAACACUUCUCACGAUUGGUCACCACCUUCUACUUCACUUCGCUCCAGUGGUUUUCAGCCGGAGCCAAGCUUGACAAAUUCGUGCCCAUUCGCCGCGAAACAACUGGUAUGCAAGAUGACUACUACGGCAUAUGGACGCCGGAGUCGCACGCGGUGAACUACUUCGACUUCGUCGAGGAAGACGGCCUGGACGAGUCGUUCGUGUGGAACUUCGACGUCCGGGACUGCCCCGUGAGCAAGGACAAGAAGAGCUACCUGGACCUACUCUUCAUCAGCGACAAGAACGUGAGCCAGCGGGCCCUGUGGUCGAACCGUGACAAACUGCUGGAGACUGUCUGGGAGAAGCUGUACACGUUGCCCCAGAUCUCGCCUCUGCGUAUCCCCAAGCCGCAGAUUGGUUUCCUCGAAGACAACAGCAUCCAUGUUGUCGCACAGCUGUUGCCCUCCCCUGAUGCCAUAGCCAGUUUCAUAAGCAGCGAAAACAGGCCCGCGCCCGGCAAUAAGAUGCAGUUCGACAAGAGCGUGCCGUCCCAGGAGGAAUGCGCCGAGAAAUGCUACAAUGACGCAGACUGCGUGACAUUCAUUUACUGCGACCAUGGGUGCUUCCGCUCAGCCAGCAACAGGCCUCUGGAUUGGGGAAGACCAAUGGUGAUGAGCGGUUGCCGCCGCUACUACAAGUCAGAUGCCGACAUCAAAGUGACCUUCAGAAACAACUCCGAGGUCAUCAGGAUGCUCAAGGACGAAGUAGACAAUGCCCGCCUCGUGCUCAAGGUUUCCAGCGACGAACUCCAGAGCGCGGCAACGUUCACCGCAGUCAGGCUUAACACGGACGCCAGCCCAUUCAACGCGAACCACGCGGGCGGCCUGUACGACGUGGCGUUCCCCGGAAAGGUUCUGUCCACGAACGUGGACACCACGAUGAAGGCCUUGAUGCUGGACGGCAGCUCGGAGAUCGGCUCGGUGCAGCAGUGCUACCGCAACUGCAUCACCGAGAGCGGCAUCGAGUGCGCCUCGUUCUCUUACUGCGCCGCCACCAAGGAAUGCCUGCUGUCCUCCAUCUACAUCAGGGACGACGACACGGCCGCCCAGAAGAGCCUGGCCACCGAUACCAGAUGCGACGUUUACGCGCGUUCCUACAUCAAAAUGUACGAGAAGUUCCCGGGCACGGUGAGUCGCGUGGGCGGAGCCCUGUCCAAGGACAACGUCCCGGACGACAACCAGUGCGCGCAACUGUGCAAGCACGACAAGCAGAUCCGCUGCCGAGGGUUCGAGUACUGUCCGGGCACCAAGCACUGCGUGCUGCACGAGACUCACUUCCUCGACAUACGGCCCGAGGACGUCGUCAACGGCACCGAGGCCUGCUCUCAUUACGCCCAAAAGUUCUCGGCCGACUACUGGGAAGGUGCCAAGGGUGAGCUGAUGGCCCCGGACUCGGUGACCGUGACCCUCAUCAGCUUCGAGGACUGCGCCAAGCAGUGCACCCUGGACCCGAGCGGCCGUUGCAAGUCGUUCAACUUCUGUCCCGGCGACGAUGGACCCGACCGGAAGUGCGUACUCAACUCCCACUCCAUCGAGGAAAUGGGGUCCAACAAGGACGUCACGUUCAAGCCGAGCAAGGAGUGCCUCUUCUACUUCCAACAAGACCAUAUCAACGACUUCGUCCACAUGAACAGGAAGCAGGCACUUUCAGUGGAAGUCUCCGGCUACACCUCAGGAGGCCUCGGCGGCUUGCUCUUCGGCAUGCUCAUCCUCGGUCUCAUUCUCGGCGUGGCAGGCUACACGGCGUUCAACUACUUCCGCGCGCGCCGAGGUGGAACUGACAACACCACCGUGCGCUUCAUGCGACACGAAGACGCCAGCUAGAGAGAUUUAACAUUACAACUC